AUGGUGAAAAUUGGCGUUCAAAUUUGUGCCACGUUGGAAAAUGUGGAAGAACUGAAGACAUCCCAUCCGAAUUAUCCAUUCUUCUUCAAAUUCCGCUGCAACAACUGCGGAGAAUCAUCGGAUAAAUUCCACGAUGUCACGGAAGCUGAUACCGUGAAUGCGGAUUCCCGCUGCCCACGGGGCUACAAUUUCUACGCCAAAUGCAAACUCUGCAGCCGCGAGAAUACCGUUGACAUCAUCGAGGGUAGCAAUGCAUCCUACUUGGCGGAAGAUUCUGGAAAAUUCAAGACGAUCGUCAUGCUGGACUGUCGUGGGCUCGAACCGACGGAUUUCAAGCCCAAAACUGGAUGGAUUGUGAAGGCAUCCGACGGUGGACCAACAUUUGAUGAGGAUGUUGCCUUCGAUGACGACGACUGGACCGAUUACGAUGCAAAGAAUGCCGUCUCCGUUGGGGUGUACGAGUUCAAAUCCAACUUUGUGAAGCUGAAGAAAUAAUUUUGCAAAAAAAAAUCAACAAAAUUAAUAAUCUUUUCAUACUCAUUUGUCUUUUUUUCAUUUUUGUAUUUUUAAAAAUAAAUUCAACAUUAUUCUUCUCUC